AAGAAUAACGCCUCAGUGGCUGGUAUCAGUCUUUGGGCACUAGAUUUUGAUAUCAACUGGAUCUAAACUAUCCUCAAAUAUUCUUUACUUACACAACCUUUCGGAAAACUAAAUAUCUGUAAAUUACGUUACACCUUACUACUUAAUACAGUCUAUCUUAAGCUUAUAGUAUGAAUACGUUUAAACUAGCGAAUACCGCAUUGUUACUUUUUGAUUGUUUCUCGGCUGGAACCUUUUUCAUGCUUUUAAUAUACCUCUCUUACAGACUUUGUACUCCUUUACUUAAUUUAUGGUCAUUAAAUUAUCACGUAGAUAUGGUAAUCUGUCAGAGUCCUGCCUUUAUUACUUUCCUUGUGAUAUUUGUGUACUUCAUUGAUGUUUUGACAUGUAAAAUAAACGAUCAACCACUGGUUGAUUCAUUAGGGAAUCAAAGGAGGUCAAAUGUUCUAUUAUAUAUGCUUGUCCUUUCUACUUUCGUUCUAUGCUCAUUAUAUGCAGUUGUAUUUGUACCGAAUACCAGUUUUGCUGUAUUUCUACUCUCCACCUCAGUCUUCUUGUUAUUUUCGGACUUGUCUGUGUUUUUUAUUGUACUAGAGGUAAGAUGUCCAUUUCCGAUUUCUAUCACUUUAUUUAUAGUACUAUUUAUUGAAAACGGAAUCGGCAAAUUAUCAGCAUGCUGAACGCCAGUGUUUGCUCAGUCAUUUAUUUGCAAAUCACUCAUUUAUUGAUCAUAUGUUUAGCAUGUUUCUGAAAACUUCCUUGUUCAGCGUCAGUAUCACUUCAAAGUAUUCAUACCUGGAAAGCAUUUUUAAGUUUACUUUAGCGGAGCAGAUUUUAUACAUUAUAGCGGUAUUUGUUUUCGUGCCAUCAUUUAUGAGAAUAUUCGUGUCCUAUACGAAAAGAAUUUACGGUGAUCAACAGAAGCGCCUAAUCUUAAAUAAGAGAGUAUCCAGUUCGACACGAAUACGUAGCCAUUCGUACUCAUCCGGCCACUCUUAUGUGGGGCAUCGACGUGUGAAUAUGUGUAACCUUGCUAGUUUUGAUAUCAACCUGAAAUUUCCGAAUAAGCGUUGGUCUACUACUUUUGUGAUAUUUUUUAGUUUGAUAAUACUUCAUCUAAACAGUCGAUAUUCUGAGCAGAUAAGUUUUUUCAAGCGCAAUUCAAGUGAAAAUGAAAUUCCUCCUGCCUUAUAUUAUGUUACUGUUUAUGAAAUCACUAGUAUCUUCCGUUUAAUAUGCGGUAUUUUCCAUUCUAAUAAUGUCAAUUUAAUGGUCUACUUAUUCCUUGGAUUACUAUUAUUUAAGCGUAUCAGAUUGAACAAACUUAAUAACUCGCAACUGCAUAACCUCAAUAUCCCUGUAAUAAAAGAGACCUUAAUUAGUGACCAAGUAAAGCAGUCUAUAAUGUUACCAAAAUGCUCAGACAAGUUAGAUAAUGUUCCUCUUCAAUCAAGAAGACGGAUCUACUGUUUACAUAAGGACAACGAUCAUAUUGCUGAAAACAAUUGCUCGUCUGUUUCUACUACUUCUAAUACAUAUAAGAAUAGCAACGAAUCCCCAUCCAAUGUAUUGGAUUUGGAUUUAUUGAUUGAAAAGAUUAAACAGGGUUUGGGUCAUGAACUGUCGGAUAUAGAGAUUUUACGAUUAACAUCGCAUGGUAUACUUAAAACUCGUGAGUUAGAAUCAAUUGCUCGCAAUCCGUUUCGGGCUGUCGAACUACGCCGCCUGGAUUUGUCAACAUUUCUCAAUAAUCCCCAUAUUAUUGAACGCAUUCCGUAUAAGGACUAUGAUUACCGUCUUGUAUAUGGUCAAUGUUGUGAAGAGGUUAUCGGGUACAUACCUAUACCAGUUGGAAAAAUCGGACCUCUUCUACUGGAUGGUCGUUCUCAUUACAUUCCUUUGGCUACCACUGAAGGAUGUUUGGUAGCCAGCACAAACCGAGGAUGUCGUGCAAUUUUCCUGGCCGGUGGUAUCAAAAGUGUUGUCUAUAGAGAUCAAAUGACAAGGGCACCUGUUGUCUGGUUUCCAUCAAUUAUUGAUUCAGUGAAAUGUAUUGCAUGGAUUGAUUCAGAUGAAGGAUUCCAAACCUUAAAAUCAGCUUUCGAUAAGACCAGCGCUUAUGUAAACUUAUUAUCAGUUUUUGCUAGUCCAGCCGGUCGAUACGUUCACAUUCGAUUUGCUGCACGUACAGGUGAUGCUAUGGGCAUGAAUAUGGUUAGUAAAGCCACUGACAGUGCUUUGCACUGUCUGCAAAAACAUUUCAAUACCAUGCAGGUGAUCUCUUUAAGUGGGAAUAUGUGUACAGAUAAAAAGCCAGCUACUAUAAAUACAAUUCUUGGCCGUGGUAAAUCUGUUAUUGCUGAAGCACAUCUGCCAGCUGAUGUAUUAGCUCAAGUGUUACAUACUAAUGCACAACGAUUAGCGCGGUUAACUCAUUCCAAAAAUUGGAUUGGAUCUGCAAUGGCCGGUUGUCCUGGUAUGAUGGGAUGUAAUGCUCAUGCAGCAAAUAUUAUUGCCGGAAUGUUUGCAGCUACGGGACAAGAUUUAGCUCAAGUUGUUGAUUCAUCAGCUUGCUUAACACAAUUGGAGGUGGAUUCAUCAGACAACUCACUGGUAGCUAGUGUUACAAUGCCGUGUUUAGAAGUUGGUACGGUCGGUGGUGGUACACGUCUACCGGCCCAACGUGCAUGCCUUGAUUUACUUGAUUUAAGUGUUGAUCGUCCAACUGAACAUUUAUCGCGGAUAAUCGCUGGGACUGUACUUGCGGCAGAGCUUAGUUUAAUGGCAGCCUUAGACACAGAUGAUUUAGUGAAAGCACAUAUGCACUUCAAUCGAGCCAAGCAGCCUACAUCCCCUAAUUCUUGUAGUCAUUCUACGACUACUAUUACUACUACUACUACCGUUACUAAUAAUGAUAAUGAUAAUAGUAGCAACAAUAACAUUCAUAAUAUUUAUGACAAUGCUCACUCUUCAAAAAGCCUUGUUAAUGAUAAUUCAGAUAUACGCGAGUCUGUUCAUUCUAUACAUGCGAAACCAUUUCCUGUUAGAAGUGAUUUAUCUAUAAAUUCGGAGAUAUCCCAUUAUACUAUGUAACAUGUAUAUAUAUAUGGACACUUUUAAAACACCCUUGUAUAUCAUAUUAAGCUUUAGAUUAAAAGUUCACAAUUAGAUUGUAUAUUCGAAUCAUUAUUAGAUACUUACUGAAUUUUCCCAUAUUCUUUUUCCCACUAUACCUCUGUACGUUCGAUAAAAAUAAACUAGGUAUACAUCAGUUUUUUAUUCUCAGGCUAUUUAUACUACUUAAGUCAUCUGCAUUUUCGAACAAGAAAAAUAUCGGGUAAUCACUAAUUUUCUUUUGGAUCAUUACCGCACGCAUAUUUCUCUUACUGCUUUAAGAUCCAUAGUACUACUGUUCACUUUGUUAAUCUGUAGCUUAGGUUUAAGUCAAUCAUGAAGUUGGAAUAUAUUAUAAAUGUAACUGUAGCACAUGAAACUGACAAAACGAUAUACAGACCUUGUCAUUAAACGAUUUAUGAAUCACUGACGUCUCAGAUUCAGAUUUCCCAUCAAAGGUGCUUGUGAUUCCAUAUUUUAUAAUUUAUUUUUUGACAUAAAUGUGUUUAUAUUAUGAUAAGUAUCUUAGGGAAAAUACUAUCGUCGAACCAACAGCUACUAUCGUGAAAACAGUUCAUUAUGAGUUAUCAUGUAUUGACGACUUAUAGCUGUAUAGACAUAAUCUAUUUGUCACUUGUUCGUCACUGUAGCAGUUACUUAAAUCUCAUAAACAUGUAUAGAUUAUGAUUGUUUCUAUUUGUUCAUCAGUCUACUUCGAACUCUUCCGAAAUUAGUAAUGAAGUUAUAA